AUGACUCACUUACAGGCUGGCCUCUCUCCAGAGACCCUGGAGAAGGCCAAGGUGGAGCUGAAGGAAAACCCGGAGACUUUACACCAGGACAUCCAGGAGGUCCGGGACAUGAUCAUCACCCGGCCGGAUAUCGGCUUCCUCAGGACAGACGACGCGUUUAUCCUCAGAUUCCUCCGGGCGAGGAAAUUCAACCACUUCGAGGCGUUCCGGCUGCUGGCACAGUACUUUGAGUACAGACAGCAAAAUCUGGACAUGUUCAAGAACUUGAAAGCCACCGACCCCGGCAUUAAGCAGGCCCUGAAGGACGGUUUCCCCGGGGUGCUCUCCAACCUGGACAGAUAUGGCAGGAAAAUACUGGUUCUGUUCGCUGCCAACUGGGACCAGAGCAGGUACACGUUUGUGGACAUACUGAGGGCGAUCCUGCUGUCGUUGGAAUCUAUGAUAGAAGAUCCUGAGCUGCAGGUCAACGGCUUCAUCCUCAUCAUCGACUGGAGUAACUUCACCUUCAAACAGGCGUCCAAGCUGACCCCCAGCAUGCUGCGGCUGGCCAUCGAAGGGCUGCAGGACAGUUUUCCUGCCAGAUUUGGAGGGAUUCACUUUGUGAACCAGCCCUGGUACAUCCAUGCUCUCUACACCGUUAUUCGGCCUUUCCUCAAAGACAAAACCAGGAAGAGGAUCUUUAUGCAUGGCAACAACCUGAACAGCCUCCACCAGCUCAUCCACCCAGAGAUCCUACCAUCAGAGCUCGGUGGGAUGAUGCCACCGUAUGACAUGGGGACGUGGGCUCGAACCCUGCUGGACCACGCCUACGACGAGGAGAAUGACUACUGUCCGGAGUCCUACACUCUGUCAGUACAAGACCUGGAAAGAGACCUGGAGAAGAACCUGUCUCCAAAAACCAUGAAGAGGUCUCAGUCGGUGGUGGAACCUGGAGUCCUGAAGCGACCAGACAAAGUCAAGAGCGAAGAAGACAACAUGCAGCCACUGCUCUCGCUAGACUAAACCACACUUUAGCAGCUGACAAGCAAAUGCAAAUCAGUAUUUACACACACAAAUACACUGACUUACCCGUGCACAUACUGGAAGCAACGCGCGCCCUGAAAAACACCUUCCUCCAGAAAAACGCUGCCGCACCUACUGUUGGAUUCAAGUUUCAAGACAACCAGAGACGAGAAAGACGUUUCCUCAGAUCAAAGGCCAUCCUAAGAGCUACUGAUGGUGUUCUAUAUAUUUAUUUAUUUAUUUAGUUAUUUGUCAAGUGCCAAUUCAAGAAACUGUAAAUUUACGUCUUUGAACAAUCCAGUAUAGGGAAUGGAAGAUACGGCUCAAUAGCAAGCAAAACUGAAAACAAAUGACAAACAAAUGGUGAAGGUCCCACAUAUGUGUGAAAACAGUGUUUCUUACAGUUGUGUAAUAUAUAGAUGAGGAGGGAUGUGAAAAACUGGAAAUAAUUCAAAGAGGGCUUGGAGCCACUGCCGGAGCUUCGGAGCAGCAGUUUUUUUUUCUUUUUUGUACAGUAAUUCGAGGAAACUAUGGGCAAGAAGCACGGCUCAGGAUUAGCAGCAGCGACGUUAUCGAGCUUGUUCAACCUCCUGGACCCAAACUGGCAAACAGGCAGUGGGUUUACUGGGAGUUUACUGGGUGUUUAUUAGGGGGUUUGGCGUCUUUCCUGUGAAAACAAUGUCUGAACUAUCGGUCUCGCUCCAGUUAUCUCUUGGAAAAGCAAACCCCCCUUUACGGUAAGAGCUGGCUCUAUGAAUCAUCUGCUGUUUCCUUUCAGCCAUUUUCUCUGCUUCUCUGACCCACAUGUCACAGAAUACAGUACUUUCCUCUGCCAUUAGUUGAAAGCUGCAGGCUCUUUGUGAACAUUGACUCACAUCAUUAUUUAUUUGUUUGGCAGAAGAUGACCAAAAGAUAUAUUUUCAGAAUAUAAUGGGCUGCCAGACAAAUGAAAAGGGUUAAAUGUAAUUUUAUAAAAGCAGAGAAAAGGCAAGUGUGUCAUCCUCUCCUUUGACUUUGUGGCACAUGUGUUGUAUUUUUGGCAAUAAUAAUCUUCUGACAAGUCAGGCAUUACCACAGCAAACCAUCUGUUUCCAUGUCAUCGGGGUAAACAAUUAUAAGAUUUGGGAAUUAGGGACUACAGUACCGUACUGGUGUGUUUGCAUGUUUAAUAGAAAAUAUACAUAUGUUACACAGUAUUAGUGACUGAUUAUUUUCUGCCUAAUACCCUGAGAUAGAAUUCAUUUAUUUUCCUUAAUCCCAGCUGUGACUGAAUUUCUUUGCGUUUAUUUAAGCACAUAAUUAGCAUUUGCAGUUUGACACUUGCUAGCUUUCUCUUGAGCUUUGAAUUGUAUUCAACGCUAAAAUAAUAAUUAACAGAUUGAAGACUUUAAGCAUUCAUGUGCCAUCAAGUGACAAGAAAAUGACUUCAGUAGCACCAUUAGGUUAAUUGUUUUUAUUCUUUUGAGUACAGGAAGUAAACUCACAUUUUGGCUUUCUUGUGUUCAAUGUGUGGCUCAGGAACUAGACAUCUUUUAGCAGCAGACUCUUAGAGUCUUUUCACACCAAACUCAUUUGAAUCAGCUGUAAAACUUCCCACAAACUACAACUCAGACCCAAUCUGAGUUUCACUCUGGAUGAAACUGAACCAUUAUGUUUUGUCUCUAGCUUGAGGAAUUUUUUUUGGAAGGUAUUACGGCAGGUAUUAGUCAGAAAUUAGUCACUGAAAGGGGAAAGACGAGAUGCCUCAAGAUCAAAAAGCAGUGUGUGAGAAGAAAAUUAGCAUUUUUAUGAUGAUCUACGUAGCAUUGGGGUGUUUUCCAGUGUGGAACUUGUGGCUGUCUUAGGUAACCUUACUUUGUGUUCCCGCUGCAAGAACCACUGCCUGUAGAACCUCUUUUAGGGCCAUUUAUUUAAAGAAAAGAGUACCUACUCCACAUGGAUCAACAUAACAAACCCUCUAUUUUGUUAUUGUCUGUCUGCCUAUACAACUAGAGCCACUUGACCCACUUGAACUAUAAACUAUUAUUUGUCGUCAUUUUGAUGCACUCUGAGUUGACGUUGCAGUCAAACCUGUCAGAUCCAACUCAACAAUGGAAAGAGAAAGCCUGAAGUGGCCACUUAGGUGGUCAUUCAUGUCAAGGUUUCCACCUCCUUGCAUUUGCCUGAAGUUCCUGAAGCUGCCUGUUUUGGGUAUUUGCAAAUCAGUCAAUGUCAAGUAUAGGAAGAUGCAACUCAUGUGGGCAAUGAUGACAGGAUGAAAGUAUGCAAUAUAAAGUACUCCAGUGCACUCAUGUAAAAGCCAUGUGAAACCAAAAAUAACCAAAUCAGUGUAUAUAAUGAAAUAAAAACAUGAAGCUUCAUUUGGAUUUUCGGGUGUGGAAAGGCCCUAAAAGGUGUCCUGUGGAGUUUAGGACCACUAAACAUGGAACAGAAAUGCUGCACAAAUUAGUCAAUAAAAUCUAAAACAAUGCUUUGUUUACAAGACAAAAUUCACAAGGCCGCUUUAAAAUGUUUCCUGAGCACACAACAUCUGCAGACAUCUGGUUAACUGCAAUAAUUUAGCUCAAAUAAGUUCACUGAAUAAAGACACACACAGGACUGAAGUUGGAAACAUGACUGGGAGUAAAUGUGGUCAAAGUAUGAUCCUUCAUAUUUUCUGCAGUUAUUAUUUUCUGUACAGAUGUUUUAAAGACUAAACAAUUGUUAUACUUUAUUUCAGAUUAUCCAUAUUUAAAGUACAGUAUUUUAUUAUAAUUAGUCAGAUUACACUUUAAAUUCAGCAGGUUGACAAACUACUGCUGCAGUGUAGAUACAGUAGGAUAUAUUUAAAGUGACACACACUAUUUUUUUUUGAUUGCUCCACUAAUGUUGUCCAUAAAUACUUUUUAGCAUGAAACUGUCACCAGCUGAAGGUGUUUGACAUGUUGUAGUUUAGGUUCUUCCACAUCACCCAUUCCCCACCGGCGCAUGCAGUGCAGAGGUAUGACAACCGAAUGUUAAGAAGGCAAAGAGGACAGGAGGCAGGAAAACUGUGACUGUGAUGAGCAGAGCAGCAGAGGCGGGCUGGAAAACAGACAGCAGAGCAGAUCACAGAAAAGCCGGCAGGCAAGAAGCGUGAGGUGGCCGGCUGCAACGAGAGCAGACAGCUGGAAUGUUAAGCUAUCACACCAGCGUACAUGACAUGUCAACCCCACUUAGAAGCGCUCAGAGGCUCAACCCUGCGCAAAGUGGAGUUAGACUCCGUUAUCAGUGGUUCCCCCUUCGGCCCAGUGUGGUCCGUAUGGUUCCACUGAAGUCUAAAUCAGGGUUAGAUGGAGAUAAUAAUCUGCCAGUGUGAUGAUGAUGAUGAUCACUGUACUGAAUAUGUGAUCAGUCAGAGCAGUGAGGGAAGCCUGGAAGGAUUCUUCUGUUUAAAGCUCAGAGUAAUGUCUUGUCUUGUUGAAUUUUUAUUAUUAAUUCACCCUUCGCUUAACCCCGUGUUGCUAAACGUGUUGGGCUUUUGGUUAUACACGGCACGUAUUCAGUUUACAAUGUCACCAGUGACAGACUGAGCAGGUCCCAUAGUGUGGCCCUUUUUAGCAAGUUAAUUAAAGUCUCGUACGUCCCCAGUGUGUCCUUCACAUUUCAGCUCAAAAUAGUGCAAAUGCUGAUUUCAUCCCUGUUCUAAAUGGGGCAUUUUACGUUCUAUAGCUUUAAAUGCAGCUGACUUGCUGCUGCUCAAGCCCCUUUCAGGAAGAAGACUCUCCAUGUGUCUGUGAUUGACAGUGACCUAAACAGUUGACAGCACUGCAACAAAAACAGCUGGGAAUUCCUUUUUAUUGCUUCUAGGUUUCUCUCUAAGUGAUCAUUUUACAUGGAGAUUUUGCCAAAUUCAAUGAUUUAAACCUUGUUUGUCAAAAGCAAAUUUUAGUGGUGCAGAGAUAAGUAGCUUACAAAUGGCUAUGAAUACUGGUUAACAUGAAGUCUUAAUGGACUGAAUUUCAGUCACUAUUUAAUAUUCGUUCAGGUGUCUGACAGCAGAAACAGAAACAUAUGUAAAUGACAACAUCUUUAUUGUGAAUUCAGUCGUAUUAAAAUACAGUACAUAUGAGCAUAGAGAGCAGGAGAGAAGCAAAUACAUGUAAACGCUCGCUGAGUUCAGGUUGAGGCACAAAUUAUUAGGGAGAAACAAUAUAAAAAUGAACUUUCACCAACUUUCAAUUCAAUUGUGACUCCUUAAUUUCAUAUAGUGGCAAAGCUACAAGAGGCUAUAGCUACAUGUCUGUAUCUUCUUCCAGUGUUGUCAGGUGGACAGUAAUCAGUGUGUUUGUACAAUAAUGUGUACAAUUAUGACUAAUAAUAUCUUAAAAAAAAAAAUCAAUCUGUGUGAUACAUCUGACAUGUCAGAGUUUCAUUUUUUUUUAACUAAGAAUAAAAUGCUAAUGAGCUGAAUUGGAACCAGCCUGGCUAGUCAUCAUACAUUAAACACUUCAAGAAUGUCUUUCAGAAAACUGACCUUGAAUCUGUCAUUAGUGAUCCAGUCACUGGCGUCUCAUGAGAGAGUCGCUUGUUAAUCUCCAGACCUGUUGUGAGCAGACUUUCAAGUGCUCACUGUGAUUUAUAUAUGUUAAGAUUCGCUCUACAGCCUGAAUUUUCAAGUUUUCAUUGUAGUCACACCAAAUGAACCAACUUAAAUUAGCAACUUUACAUAUUCGUGCAGCUUGUUGCCAAGUAAAACCAAAUAUAGUGUUUUCCUUCUAGACAAUUGAUUGCUUAGAGUUAAUAUAGGUUUUUAUUUUUGCUGUAACUGACACUGGUGAUGCCACGAUGACAGCUCUUUGUCAACGUGUCUAUGGUUCUUUUCAUUGAGGCUCAUGUAAAAGUUUUUCCUCACUCAACUGUUUGUAAUUAAAUGACAUGGCAUGAAUGCAGCAUUAAAACAAAGACACCACACUCCUUUUGAGUUGCUUCUCUCCCUACAGCCCCAUAUACACUAUAGGCUUGACAGAACGAGUUCAGUUUGUUGAGCUAUAACUGGACAAUCACUGCUGAAGGAGUGGGUUUAGUAAAUCCCACUCUAUCAGUUGACUUCACUCACAGUCAGCUGCAACUUCAACAGUCACAGCCUCCUGUUUCUGUGUCCAUUAUGUAAUAAAGUAAAAACAUUUUUACUGAGUAAAUGCAAGUUCAGUGCAGGCGUCCAUGAUAAUGGCACUAACGCAGGUUGUAAAGAGAGAGGGGAAAACAUUGAGCACAAUCAUCUCCUCACAAUCAGCUCUAUUAGAAGGAAACAGCUCCUGAUACUCUGAUGAUUGCAUCAUUAAAGUCAUUUUAGGAGAAAAAAAACACAAUAGGUGCUUUUUGAACUCCAUUUAUCAAGGCAGAGCUCUUUCUUUUCAAGCCAUUUCUUAAAGAGAUUUCUCAGUGCAGUGAGACCCAGUGACCUCUCAAUGCCUGUGACGGUGGCAAAAAGCUACCGGGGAUGAAAAUGAUGGAAAAUUACACCGGCAUUGUUCUCUAAACCUACACACAGUCGCCUUUUCUUCAGAAAAAUCCAGGCAUGUCAUCAGCCUAAAUCGCAAAAUGGGAUUGAAACAGUAAAGAGGCGGCGUUUUAGAAACAACCCCAAGCUCAGCUUUUAUUAUGAGAUGUUAUUUUGGUGAACCGUGUGGAGUUCAGCAUCAUGAACUGAAGUUAACUCUUGGAAGAAGAUUGGAUGGAUGCUGGGGACAACAAGCUCUGACAGACAGCUCUGUUUUUUGUGAUUACUUAGACUGUAAACCUGCAAAAAAAAUAACUAACUUUUAGUUAUUGUUUCACUUGCUGCAGUAGAUUGAACUAAUUUAAGGUCUUUCCAGAGUCUACAGGACAUUAAAUGUUUUGCUGUUAUUUAAUAAACCUCCAAAGCUUUAAAGAUUUUAAUUCAGUGAGAAAGUCUAGUCAGUGUAAAAGCUGUUUUGCCAUGCAGAGUCACAGGGGAGGGUUACCAACUUCCAGAGGAACUGUCUUGCCUAAUCUUGCAAUUAAUUCCUAUUUUAAGAUAGUUAAUGUUUACUGUUAACCACAUAAGAUGCAUCCACAUACUGUUUUAUGCAAAUAGUAACUCUGACAGUGUAAAUCCUUACUGUGCAGCAUAGUUUGCUGUUGCAUGUUUCAGAUUUGUUUACACAGCUCAAUACAAACACACACAUUCGCACAAUUACAAAUUACAAUGACAACAUAUGGAUUAUACAUUACUUUUGAUUCUAAAUCUGCUUCAGUAAUCCUUGACUCCCAAUUUAAAAAGGCCUACAAUCCCUGCUGAUUCUUCUUCGUGAAGACUGAAGACUUUAAAGUAAAAAUGAAUAUUUGUAAUUAUCCAAUCCACUCUCUUCAGGAAUUACAUUAAAUGUGACAAUAAUAGCGUUUACAUGCACACUAAUAUUCCACUGUUGUUUUGAAUUUGAUAUAGGCCAUGUAAACAGCAUGUCCCGAAUACAGCAUUUUUCGAUUACGACAUGAAGGAUACGCCUUUAAUUUUCAUUCUUUGAACACAUAUAUCUCAAUUGGUGUUAUACUACAGACACAUGAAUUCUUGCCUGUUCUCUGUUUGUUGCACGCAAACCAACAAGACAACAGUUUGCAAGAAUGGGGUAGAGAUGUAUGCCAAAAGAAAAGGCCAUAUUUCAAUUCAGAAGGAGAAAGACGCCUGAAUUUAAUCAUUAAGAAAGGAAAACUUGGAUGUCAAUGAGUUUUUUGUAUAAAUAUCAGAACAACAACCUUUUACCUGUCUAUGGAAAACCAGACAAUGCAAGUGGGAAUAUUAUUAUGAUAUUUGUAUAUUCAUUACUCAUAUAAACAGCUUAGGAGGAUGAUUGUCCUCUUUGGACGAGGGACAAAAACUGGAACAUUUUGUGCAUGUAAAUGUAGUCAGUUAUUUAUAUCCAGGGCUAAUGUUCAGUGCCAGUAUUGGAACCGCAGUCUGCUCGGAAUGAGAUAAAAAUAAAGACAUAAAAACCCAACCAAGUCAUUGUAGUUGCCAAAUCUUAGCAAGAUAAAGUAAGAGAAUAAUCAUCUUCAUCCAAGAUAUCACUCACUGAACAUAAUCUGAGGUUUCUCUAAAUCAUCUGAUAGCAGUUUCUUCAUGGUGAUGGGGAUAAACUAUCUAAGAAAACUCUUCUUCAACUGAAAGAUAAUCAUCAGGCUGUUUUUUUCACUGCAGGACCUUGCAGGCUGUUUGGUGAAGGAUUAAAACCUUUGAGCUUGUUCCAAAGAAUCGACCUGGUAGAACCUCUUCCAGUUUAGAACCAGGUACCGCUGGGCAGGUGUUUCUGAGAUGCCCUGGAAAAGUUGAAGACAAUGAACACUAUUUCUUCUUCCCCCUUGAUGUUCUCAUUCAACAGCAGUCAUCUCCUUUGAAACAUCACCGCCAGCAACGUAAAAAUGACAAUAUUUCUAACUUAACAAGCGUCCAUUGUUCCUUUGUGCUCAUAGAACUGGCAGUGACAACUAACAAUUUCAUUUGGAAGACACUUUUAUCCAAAGCGACAUACAUCUCAGAGUAGAUACAAGACAAGGUAGGUAGGUAGGACAACACUAAGGACCUUGCCUAAGGGUCAUCAUUAGACAUCUGCACCCUGACCUGGAUUUGAACCACUAAUCUCCCAUAUCAAGGUCAGGGAUGCCAGUCAUUGAGCUGUCCAGCUGCAAUAUGCUCCAUUAUUGCUAUUUAUCAUUGUUUUGGUGCGGUCAGUGGUCAAAGCUGUUGGAUCUUGCACCACAAUAGAAACAGAGAGCCUGAAAACUCCAAUUACAAGGCCGUUCCUUUAAAUGUUGGUUCCACCUCAUUUCCUGCCCCGAGUUCCUGCAGUGGAAAGACGCCUAUUAAUAGCAAAGCAUAUUUCAUCAACAAUCUUCAAUCCAAAGUUUUAUCAGCACCAGUACAGCUGCCAGUUUUCAAAAACACAAAGGUGUAAAUUUAAAGCCUUUAAUAUUAACAAUAAGAUUAUUUUUGUCAAACCUUUUUUUUUUUUUAAAACUAACCAAAUACUGGCAUUUGUCAGCCUUUUUUCUGACAAAUGCAUUAGAGAAGUAAUUGUACUAGUUUGAAUUAAUCAGUCACACACUUGGGGGGAAGUAUACAACCAGACUGUGUGGACAUCAGAGAGACUUAAACAAACUGUGGGUCAGAGGUGAUGCAGACAGACACACUCAUGAAGUGUUUUAGAUGCAGAUUCAUGUGCGUUAGUUGAUCUAUUUUUCACAGUUGCAGCAGAACAGUAAGAGCCGAUUCAAUCUGAAUAUCAGACGUUCAGGAGGAAAUGUAAAGAUCAGCUUCAUAAACAGGGACACACACACACACACACACACACACACACACACACACACACACACACACACACACACACACACACACACACACACACACACACACACACACACACACACACACACACACACACACACACACACACACACACACACACACACACACAGCCACUGUAGAUGCUUCCAGUUGUUAGGAUACAAAGUUUACAUGAAAUAAACAUCUGUAUACUGCUUGAAGCUGAGUGUCACUCAGAGCAUCCUGCAGGUUCGCUGAUUAUUUUAAAGUGUUAGUUGUUGGUAUCAGAGGUUUCUGUUGUAAAACUAUGUAGGGGACUUUAAACACAGUAACUCACAGGUGAAGAUUUUUAAUUUUAUUACAGAUAUACUUUAUUGGGUGAUGCUUUGUGCUUUACCACACAUGCAAGAUUUUUAAAUGGUUUUUUUUUGUCAGUAUUUUAUUAAAAUUGCUAUCUACCUUGUUUAUUACACAGGUGUCAGAUGUUGUAUGAAGUGUAAAGUAUGAGUUUAGAAUCUGUUUUUUAUUUAAGAAAUUCAGCAUUUCGAAUGUUAUCUCUGUGUUGUUGUUAUGUCUGUCCUACUGAUUCUUGGAUGAAAAUAUUGCUGGAGACAUUUCAGAGACCAGCUGUAACAGACGUAACAGUAUCGACGGCUUUCAGGUUUUUAAGCCACUCAGAGAGCCACUGUGGAGGUCCUCAGCGAUUUACCUACACCUUUGAUUCGACCAUCUCAACAAAUGGGAACACAAAUAACUCAUUUCUGGGGUUUUUUUCCCUGGAAUUGUGUAUACUUUAAAAUGGACAUGUAAAACCCACAUGCUGUUUUUGUCGCAUGCAAAGUAAGAUUUCAAGAACACACAUAGAGAGACAUAAAUGAAUCAUCUGUGAAUUUACAUUUAAGUUUAUAAUGUCUAUUUUUACCACAUUUGCAACCUACAAGCUUAGAUUUGCUACCUGACAUUAUUUCAUCUUCCAUUAAUUUUGCAAUGCUUCACUAAUCUAAACAAAUGUCAUAGUUGUGAACCAAUAAUGGGCGUCCAAGAGAGCCGCAGGACUUGUAAAUAUAGCAUCAAGUUACUAUAUGUGUUUCAGCACAAGCCGAACUCGCAAACUGCUUGAUGAAAUGAUUCAUUAUUGUCUUUUUGGCAUCAGAAGACUCAUAUUUUCUGUGAAGAGCAAGCUGCCUCACGUCCUGAAGCAUCUCCAAACACUGCAUGCUGUCAGCUUUAGCAGCUUCAUUAUGAAAUAUUAUUUUUUCAAAAAAAAAGCAUCAACAAAGUAAAUGGAAGAAGUGAAAUUAACUUUUGAGACUUCACCAUUUUAUGGAGAAAUUAUAGGAUUUUCACAUUAAUUGAACUUCAGUGAGAGCAUUAUUGGAAUCCAAGAACCAUCAGAGGAUUUUAAAAAGCUUAUAUGUUAAAAACAAAAUCCAACUUUAAGGUUCUUCUUGGUGUGAGGUUUGCAGUAUUAUAUACUGCAUUAUAUAAUUUAGCUUCAUCAAAUUGCAUGUUUUUCAAAGAAACAACUGUGAUAAUCAUGUAUUUCUACUACUGCAGUGCAUAAAAUGGAGCUUUUGACUGCUUUUUGACUCAUACUUUCUCCAUUUUUACAGCUUGUACUGUAGCACAAAACCUUACAUCCUGUUGAUGAGACCAAAUCACUUUGUAUGGGGAAAAAACAGCAAACAGAUGUACAUUUCAUGAUGAAACACACUGAUUAAGAAUAAAAAAUCAGCUGUAGUUAUUCUCUAGCGGACCUCCAUGGUAGUUCCCAGUGUGGCUAGCAGCACAUUUGUGAUAAAAAUAAAAACCCUCCAUGCUUGGGGCAGCAUUUCUCCAAGUCAGGACAGAGCUUAAUCCCAUUAUGAAACAUAUACAUUGAUAAUGUCCAUCAUGUGUUUGGGAGUUUGUACAAGAGAUGACUUUGCCAUACCUCCAUAUAGAAAUUGGAUGUAUUGUUUGCCUUCAUCUGGUUCAAACACGGCUCCGAAAGAGGACAAGUGUGUUUUUACUGAUGUACAAUAAAUGUCCUGCUGUUAGACAGGCAAUCCAAACUACACUGAUUAACAGGACUUUGUUUUCCCAGUUAAUAGAUCAGUGAAAGUGGCAGAAAUGACAGCACAGCCACUUUAUAGAUUGAUACAAUGUUCACAAGAGUUUUGUUCCAAAGUGAAGAUAUUAAAAAAACAUUAUCUCUGCAAAUAAUGUCUGUCAUGAAAAUGUUAAAUGAAUCAAUCAUAUUUGUCUGAUUUUAUUAAUCAAUUUUCACGCGCUGUUAUUCACAUUAAUGCUUCAUUUUGGAAUGAAACUGUGCAUUCAUAAGCUUUGUCAGUGUACUAUAGACUCUGUAAUGAUUUAUUUUCUUGUAGGUAAUUGGACCAGCAAUGUUCAUUUAUCACUGACGUUGACUAAUGUUCGAUUUCUCUCAGCCAAAGCCACUUCUUCCAUUAAGAACCUAAUGUAUUGUUUCUUCUCAUUAAGUAUUUGUGCUUUGAACAGUUGGACGCUGAAUGACAUUUUUUUAAUGACUGAUAAUUUUUUGAAAAUGAAUGCAUUGCUUUCAGUUGAUUUAUUUAAUUUUCAUAUCACUGAUUGUAUAGUUACAGUAGGAGCUGUAGGGAGACCAAACUAAACCUGAAUUGUGAAGUUAUUAUGGAAAGCCAGUAUAUUAUAGGAGCAAAAGCUGUUCAGUUAGCAGGUGUUAAAUGUAUAAAUGUCCUCAAAGGCAAUUUGCUGAAAUGCAUUAUGUAAAAUGAUCAAAAUAAAUAUGGACACACGCAGA